UUCUGUUAAAUAAAAUUGUUUUCUUAGCUUCAUCAUUUGGCCUCAACUGCAGCCUAAGCAUACACACAGAGAAACAUGAUGGAGCCACGCAAUCCAGGGAUAUCCUCCAUCCCUCAGACAGCCCCAGUACACAGCGAGUCCAGCUCCCCAGCUGUAGAGAUGGACCCAGUGGAGUACACCCUUAGGAAGCGCCUCCCGUGGAAACUCCCAAAGAGACGAAAUGACGUCUACGUCAACAUGAAGACUGAUUUCCGAGCUCAGCUGGCACGCUGUCAGAAGCUUCUGGAAGGCGGAGGUCACAGGGAGAUCUGUGUGCAUGGCCUGGGCCUGGCCAUCAAUAGGGCGAUCAACAUCGCCCUUCAGCUGCAGGCCAGCAGCCAGGGGGCGCUGCAGCUGGCAGCCAACACCUCCACAGUAGAGCUCGUGGACGACCUGGAGCCUGAAGAUCCUGAUGAAGCUGGGGAGCCUAUGACGCGUACACGUAACAACUCAGCUAUUCAUAUUAAGGUUUUCUACCCUGAUACCCCGUAACCUCAUUAGUCUUCUAGUUUGUUCCUUCAUAAUCCAGUAGAAGGAUGAUGAUGUUGUCUGUUGGGACUGUGUGUGAGGAUCUAUGAUGACAGCAGCAGAGGACUGCAGAAUGGAGCAACCAACUUGCAGUGUGUUUAUCAGUAUAAACAGUAUAGUAUGCUCAUUUUUCAACUGCAAGUUACUGUUCUUUUUUCAUUUUGCAUGUUGAGGUGGCAGUGUUGUUCACCAGGUGAAACCUCAGUGUAAUUUAACAUUUGUAGACCAGGCUAUGCCAAACAUAAAUGUACAUGUGUCUUUAAGAGUCUGUGCAAGUGUUUACAAUUUUAUGUCUGUGUGUUUUUGAAGCUACAAGUAAUUAGAAAAACGGAGAAAUCCCAUGUUUAUAUUUUAAGCAGGCGAUGUUGUGGGAAAGAUCCACUAGAUGUCAGUAGUCAUCCACAUGGCCAUACCAGGAUGGUCUCCCUCUGUAGCCCAGUUUCUAUGGCACCAUAUCACGAUGUAUUGUCAAAACCCGUUAAUAGUGUGGGUUCAGCCGAGGGUCUGGGAUAUUGUUAGACUCAGUUUAAAUUUGGUUUAAUAUUGUUGAACUGCAGGGUGUGUUCAUUUUGUCCAACAGUUUUCUUGAAGAUGUGAUUUCUGGAUGAAAAUAAAAUUAGCUAGAAUGUA